AGGAGAGAUGAUGCACGACUCCGGCGGGGUCCAGAUGGCGAGGGCGCUGAAGCACGCCGCGCUGUGCCUGAUGCUGCUGCCCCGGUUCCUGCUGGCCGCCGUCAUGCUCUGGCUCCUGGACUUCCUGUGCAUCCGGAGGAAAGUGCUGCUGAGGAUGGGGGGGCAGCAGGAGGGCCCGGACGACCCCCCGGUGUGCGUGUCCGACUCCAACCGGAUGUUCACCCUGGAGUCCCUGCGCGCCGUGUGGUACGGCCAGCGGCUGGACCUCUUCAAGUCCGCGCACCUGGGGCGCGCGGCGCCCAACACCGAGGUGGUGCUGGCGCAGGGGGGGCCGCCGGUGCGGAUCCUGGACUGCAUGACGGGCAGGAGACCCCUGGUGCUGAACUUCGGCAGCUGCUCCUGACCGCCGUUCAUGACGCGCCUGGCCGCGUUCCGGCGCGUCGUGAGCCAGUACGCGGACGUGGCGGACUUCGUGGUGGUCUACAUCGAGGAGGCGCACCCGUCCGACGGCUGGGUGAGCUCGGACGCGCCGCACCAGAUCCCCCGGCACCGCUGCCUGGAGGACCGGCUCCGCGCCGCCCGGCUGCUGCUGGGCGAGGUGCCCGGCAGCAGCGUGGUGGUGGACAACAUGGACAACUCGUCCAACGCCGCGUACGGAGCCUACUUCGAGAGACUGUACAUCGUGAGGGACGCGCGGGUGGUGUACCAGGGGGGCCGCGGGCCGGAGGGCUACCAGAUCUCCGGCCUCAGGGACUGGCUGCAGCGGUACAGGAGCGACCUGGCGGAGUCCCGGACGCCGGUGCUCCAUGUGUAGCUGAGGAUGCUGAACCCCCUCCCCCCCACCCUGCUCUGCCCGAUCCAUAGCCCGAAGUGCAAACUACCAGAUGCUGCUAUCAAGUGUUCCCACAGGACACGUUGAGUCGGUUUAUUUCUCAUGCGUAAAAGACAUAAAGUCUCACUCGUAAAAGACAGAGAGACAGACACCGGACUCAGGCUGAAGCCUCUCCCCGGGCUGUAGGCUGAUCUAUUGAUACAUUGAUACAUUGACUUAUUGUGCUUGUGUCGAACUCAAUUGAUUAAUUGCCCAUAGCGAGUUUAUUUCCCUUUUUUUUUGUAUGCAAAAGUCUUGGAUCAGUUGAAAGUGGAUUCAAUAAGUAAUCACUCUAUUUUUCUACAGUGUGUGUGUGUGUGUGUG